AUGUUCAACAGUCUGGCAGCACCGCGUUUAGGCGCGCCUUCAAAGGUUUCUGGCAACACCAAUGCAAUAGCGUCGAGGGCCCAGAAUGAUGACACUCUGGAGCUGGAAGACAUCCUCAGCCAGCCGGUGAAGGACAGGGAGCGCUUCGCGGCCUUCAUGAUGCGCAAGUUGGCCGAGAACAAGCCGCCGCCGAACGCCAAUCUCUUUGGAAACUUCAAGAUCGAUUUUGACCUGGAUUUUGAGCUGCCACUGAUCAAGAAGUCCCAGCCCAAGGCCAAAGUACCAGAAGUACAGCCCCUACGCGAGUUGGCCAGUGCACCCGAGCAAUGCAAUAAUCCGCCUGUGGACCAGGCCACCAAUGAGAAUCAGCCGCCGCUAACCUCGCCCACAUUGUCGCCCAAUCAUCGUCGCUCCUUGCGCCGCAGCGGAAACGUUCCGGGCUCCGACAAACUACGUCGCCAUGCCAUCCGCCGACGAUCCCGCAGCUGCGGACGCCAACUGCUCCCAGAAUUCGAAGAGGCCAUUAACCUCACCCGCAGCCUAUCCAGUCCCGUGGACUUUGUCCCAGAAAUAAGCAGCACUCCCUGCGCAGAGAAACCUAAAGAUGUGGAUAAGAAAACAGUCGGGAACGCAACUGAAAAACCAGAAAAGCCAGCAGAGAAACCAGCGGAAAAAUGUAACCAGCCAGUGGAGAAGCCACCGGCCAGGACUUCCGUAUUUGCCGCUGAACUUAAACAAAUCUGCGAAGAACGGCGGAAUUCAUUUCGCAACAAUGUCAUGCAGCUGGACAUUUGUGGUCGCUCACCGCAGUCACGCCCCUCAACUCCACCUUCGUCAUCUGCGGCGGGUCUGCGACGUACCUACACCAUGGAAAAAGGUCCAGCUCCGGGACAGCUACUGCUUUCGCCUUCGCAUCGGAGUGUCACAUCACCAGUGGUGAUCAAAUCACCAGUGGUGAAGGUAAAGCGAAUCGCCAGUGAGGUCAUAGUGCCCGAAACACCACAACGACCAAGUCACGAGCCUGCCUGGCAAUCGCAGCCACAACCUGAGUUUGUGGUGCCGGAAACACAGCCGCAGGAUCUGGGUGAGCUGGUCCAGACUCUUUCGCGGAAUGCCAGCGGACCAAUUGUGGUGAUCAAUGCAGCCAAUCCAAAUGUGAGUGUGAGACGGGACUCAGCACAGGUACAAAAUGUUCCGACUUCUCCAGUUGCAUCUCCUGCUAAAAGUUUCGCCGCUGCCUCUUCCCCCAAACCGAAAGCACAAACUUCGCGGGUCGUAGAAAAUCAAGAUGCCAUCAUGACCGACGACGAAAGCGACGAACAGCCCAGCACUGCGCCAUUGAAUCUAGCACCGCCGGGCGGCAAUACAACCCGCCAGCGACGCUUGCGCAGUAGCAAUCGGGCUCGAGUUAUUUCCGAAGCUCAGGAGAGUUCUAUGCGCCUGCUUAACCUCCACCGAUCGGACAAUGCCAAGAAGUCUAGGCCCCGCAUGACGGCUAUACCGCUGAAUAAGGCCCCUAGUGCUCCCAUUAAUGGCGAGCAGUUCGCCAACGAACUGGCCCGCAUGAGCAACUACGAGAUUUUGGAUCUGCGCAAGCGCCUCUCGUUGAACGAGGUAGUUCCUCUUAAUGGGCAAAAGCGCCGUUCGGAGAAGCUUAUUCAACAGGAGCUGCUGCGAAGAAAUAUGAUGGACGAGGCCGACGGAUUGCCCCGAAAACCAUCCUCUUCUGAUGAUUCCGAGGAGGAGUAUUUGCCAAAGCCGCGAAGAACACGCAGUCAUCGACGGAGCAGCAACGAACGAACGCAGAACGGCCGAUCGCGCUCUAAGCGACGGGAACUUCCAAUGACGGAGGAGCUAAAGAACUAUUUGGGACUUUCCAGCACAAUGGAAAUUCGACGAAAGCUAUCCAGGGAAGGCAAGCGAAGCCUGUACACAAAGGGGGACUCCAAUGUCGAGGAUUACGAUUCGUCAUCGCCGGUAAAGCUGCCUAGGCUAAGCAGAAGCAUUCAAAUUGUUCCGCCUCCUCCCGCUUCCUUGCGCUAUUCACAAUCGCUGCAAAAUCUUCGCCGCAGCAGCAAAUUUGAUUUCGAUGAUGUCGUGAUGGCUGCGCCUCCUGGUUUUCAUAAUACCAGGAAUAGUGAUACCAUUGAAAUCGCUCCACCCCCUCCCGAGUAUGGUGUAAAUACACGAAACAAAGGCACAAUUGGACGGAAGAGCCAUAAGGAGGAUCUUCUUCCACCCCCAACGGAGUACGAGGAACAUAGUGCAGCCAGACUUUCUAGGCAAUCCAUUUCGUCUGGACGAAAGACAAAGGAGAACGAAUUGGUUCCACCUCCUAUCGAAUAUAUUGAACAACCAGAAUGCGAAGGAAUCGGGGAAGAAAUUUGCAAUGACGAGCCACAGUUUAAUUUGAAGGCGAAACAGAGUGGACAAAAGUCGAAUAGAGAGUCAGUAGUGCCACCUCCAUUGGAAUAUAUUACCCAAGCGGAGAACGAUGGAGAAAUCGAAGAGGAUCGCAACUGUGAACAACCAAGAAAGUCGCAGAAAAAUACAAACAAAAUUCUGCAGUCCAAACCGACUGAUCAAAGUACAAAAGACAAAGCAGAGCACACUGAUCCACCGGAGCCACCGGAAAAUGGCGAUGACGAUAGUGGAAGCGAUGUUGAGCAACCAAGGAGGUUAAGGAGCAGGGGAAAUAAAUCGGAGCACAUCAAGCCGAGUGGACAAAAGGCAAAGAAAAACGGAGUCGUUUCAGUUCCAUUCGAAAAUAAUGGAACCCCAAAUUACGUUGAAGACGAGGAUGAAGUAAGAAACUCGGAGGGCAGAGGCGAAAAAUCCCUGCAGAAUCUCACUAAAGCAAAGGCCCAAAAGGAUAAUGUGGUUCCACUUACAUUAGAAUGUAUUAAAGGUCCCAAUGAUAAAGCUUCAGAAUCGAUAUCGACAACAAGUGCCAGUGAAUCUUCGUCUGGUAAAAAGAAACGUAAUCAAAAGAGUGUAUCCAAGUCCCAGAAUCUCUCAAAUUACCAGAAAAGUAUGGAAGCUGAUGAAGUAUUUACUGGUAAUUCAACGACUCGAGAGGAUGAAGUUAUUGAAAAAUCAGAGCACAUGGAAUCUCUACGCGUAAAUACUCCCACACCUCCGCUUGAUCCAAAGUCAAGUGAUGGGACCACCAACAACCGAUCUGUCCUUGAGGAUUCUUUGGCCGACGAUGUGCCCAGCACGAGUCGAGCGGCUCUGGAAGCUCUGCAUCGUAGUCAAAAAAUGUCAAGGAAUCAGGCGAAAUCCCAGGAAGUGUCGAACGCUGAGGUGGUGUUUAAGAAACCAUUGGCGCCCGCACCUCGGGCAAAAUAUAAGAAAUUGAGGUCCGAGGUAGAUAGUUUAAAGCUGUCCAAGAUCACGGUGGAUAUGGAGGAUACCUCUGGCAUUAGGCGUUCCAAGCGAGGUCAAGUUCCACUUCAGAUGAAUUGGUGCCAUACAAUGGAUCCUAGGCAGUUUAGCUUCAUGCAAGAUUUUACAGAAGCUCCUAACAAAAAGUCAAAGGAGAAAAAAACCAAUCUGAGUAAAACGAAGAAAGCGAGUGCCACAAAACCGAAGAAAGCUGUGCGGGACAACUCAGUGGCUGACCGUGGACCAUUGUGCAGCAGUACGCCGCGAAAUGUCGAAAAGGGAACGGAGGCAAAGCAAAACUCCGAGUCUCUUGGAAUCAGCCCCUUGGCGUGGGAAGAUACAGAAGUGCAAACGGUGGUUGAAAAGGUAGCCAAGAAAAGAGGGCGAAAAAAGAAGCCAGAGGAAGUUGUACAAACUGAAACACAGCCUGAGCCGGAACCGGAGCCAAUGGUAUCUUUGGCUACUCCCCUCAGAAGCAACCAGGAAGAGGUCACGGCAUCUUGCGUAACUCCCUUCAGAAACGAUCACGAGACGGUAGCGGAGCCAGAGCCCAUUGUACCACCGGUAGCUCCUAUCAGAGAUGAACAGGAGGAAGCCUCCAUUCAACUGAUGCACUGGCUGCGAGGCGUCGGCGAGGCCCAACCCACUCCUAGUAUGUCGGAUGAAAACGCGAGUGUCUCUCCUGCAAACGAUUUGGUUUUCAGUCAGGUAGAUGGUAUUGACUACGCUUUCUACAAUACGAAGGAAAGGGCAACGUUGGGAUAUAUGCGAUUCCAGCCCCACCAGACUCGCAACAAGAAGCGUGCGAAAGUUCACCCGCUGAAAUUCAUUGUGCAAUUCGGUGAGUUUGCCGUGCAGACAAUGGCCGAGGGCGAGGAAGAGGAAGUUCAUGCAAUCCUACGUGUUGGCGACAUGAUUGAAGUGGAUAAGGGCUCCAAAUAUAGUAUUCAAAACGCGAUAGAUGAUGUGAGUGUUCUGAUGGUUAUACGCAGUUAAGAAUGGUUUUGUAUUUCAUAGACUUAGAAGAGGGCUGAAUUAUAUUUUUUACG